AUACAAGGAACGAUUUUUCCUGCUCCAAAUUUUAACCCAGUUAUGGAUGCCCAGUUGCUAGGAGGAGCCCUGCAGGGAAUUAGCUGUGAUAAAGAUGUGCUGAUUGAUAUCCUAACGCAGCGUAGCAAUUCACAGAGGCUCAUGGUUGCUACGGCUUACGGGGACGUGUACGGCAGGGAUCUGAUAACAGACCUAAAAGAGAAUCUCUCUCAUCACUUCAAAGAAGUCAUGGUUGGCUUGAUGUAUCCACCUGCCUCCUAUGAUGCUCACGAGCUUUGGCAUGCCUUGAAGGGAGUAGACAUAGAAGCAAAGUGUCUAAUUGACAUACUAGCCUCAAGAUCAAAUAUGGAGAUCCUCCAGAUGAAAGAAGCCUACUUAAUGCAAUACAAUAACGAUCUUCAACAAGAUAUUGACUCUGCGACUUCUGGUCACUUCAGAGAUACGCUCAUUACCCUCGCUCAG